AGCACAAGACUUCAGCUGUGAACUUGAGCAUGUUUACGACUUGAGUUGCCCUAGUCGUCAUCAGAUCAUUUGUUCCGAUCCAUAUGCUGGACGGCGUUGCAUGCACAUCCAACGAGACAAGAUCACGCUACUCUAGGGUUGGAAAUGUCAAACGUUACUCUCGAACCUACCGCCUUUGAAUUUCUGCUCCUCCAUUCCUGCUAUAAAUCCAAGGGGAGGAUGAUCCAACCUUAUUAGCCAAAACAAGAAGAAGCAAAUUAAAGCAUAGUUUUCAAGCGGCAAGACGAUGUUGGGGAGGAAGACGAAGAAGAAGAGUGAGUUCAGCAGUGAGGAGGCGAUCGCCGAGUUCGAACGGCUGACCCUGGACGCCGCCGCCGUCCAGCGGGAGACGCUUCGGCGGAUCCUCGACGAGAACGGCGCCGUCGAGUACCUCCAGAGGCUCGGCCUCGCCGGCCGCACCGACCCGGACGCCUUCCGGGCCUGCGUGCCGCUCGCCACGCACGGCGACCUCGAGCCCUACAUCGGCCGCAUCGCCGACGGCGACACCUCCCCCGUCCUCACCGCCAAGCCCGUCACCUCCAUCUCCCUCAGCUCUGGCACGACGCAGGGGAAGCGCAAGUACCUGCCCUUCAACGACGAGCUUUUCAAACUGACGAUGCACGUAUACCGGACUUCCUUCGCUUUCAGGAACAGGGCGUUCCCCGUCGACGACGGCAAGGCGCUGCAGUUCGUCUACGGCAGCCGGCAGUUGACGACCAAGGGCGGCCUCACGGCGACUACGGCCACCACCAACCUGUACCGUAACGAGGAGUACAAGGCCGCGGUGCGCGACAUCCAGCUGCCGUGCUGCAGCCCCGACGAGGUGAUCUUCGGCCCGGACUUCGCGGAGUCGCUCUACUGCCAUCUCCUCUGCGGCCUGCUCUUCGCCGGCGAGGUCCGGACCGUGUUCGCCAUGUUCGGGCACAACCUCACGCUCGCGUUCGAGACGUUGGAGCUGGUGUGGGAGGAUCUGUGCCACGACAUCCGCCGCGGCGCCCCGUCGCCGGCGCGGGUCACCAACCCGGCCGUCCGGCGGGCGGUGUCGGCCCUCCUCGCGCCGAACCCCGCGCUGGCCGACGAGGUGGCGCGCCGGUGCGCCGGGCUCAGCAACUGGUACGGGGUGAUCCCGGCGCUGUGGCCUAACGCCAAGUACGUGCACACGAUCGUGACGGGGUCCAUGGAGCACUAUGUCAGGAAGCUCCGGCACUACGCCGGCGGCCUGCCGCUGGUCGCCAUGGAUUACGGCGCGUCCGAGGGGAUGGUCGGUGCCAACGUAGAGCCGGAGAUGCCGCUGGAGUCGGCCACGUUCACCGUGCUCCCCAACAUUGCCUACUUCGAGUUCAUCCCUCUCAAGACCAGCGACGGCGGCGAAGCCUGUCCUGUCGCGAGCUACGCCGAGGCGGAGCCCGUCGGCUUGACGGAGGUCACCGUCGGCGAGCACUACGAAGUUGUCAUGACCACCUUCGCAGGGUUAUACCGGUACCGUCUGGGAGAUGUGGUGAAGGUGGCCGGGUUUUACAACUCCACUCCCAAGCUCAAGUUCGUGUGCCGAGGGAUGCUCACACUGUCCAUCAACGUCGACAAGAACAGCGAGCAGGACGUCCAGCUCGCCGUCGACAGCGCGGCCAAGAUCCUAGCCGCCGCCGGCGAGAGGUUGGAGGUCCUGGACUACACCAGCCACGCCGACGUGUCGUCCGACCCGGGCCACUACGUCAUCUUCUGGGAGCUCAGCGCCGCUGCCGGGGCUGACGACGACGUGCUGCAGAGCUGCUGCGAUGAGUUGGACAGAGGCUUCGUCGAUGCUGGCUACGUGAGCUCGAGGAAGACCAAUGCCAUCGGGCCGCUAGAGCUGCGGGUCCUGCAGCCGGGCACCUUCCGAAAGGUGAUGGAGGAUUACCUCUCCCUCGGAGCUCCUGUCAACCAGUUCAAGCUGCCACGGUGCGUUGCCGGAUCCAACUCGAGCGUCCUCCAAAUUCUCUCUAGCAGCACCAUGAAGGUCUUGUUCAGCACGGCCUACGGUUCAAGCUGCUAAUGGUCUUCCUUCAAUUUGGUGGAAAAUGGUUUUCCUAGAGUUUGGUUUGGUUUCACAAAAGAAACGGUUUGAUUUGGUUUGAUUUGGCUUGACUAGAUAUGAUUAUCGUUUUAGACAUCACUAGCGCAUAGCAAUUAAAAGUACCACCACCAACACGCUCUUGCACUAUUUAUUGGAUCUCCACCUUCCUCUAUACCUUUGACGGGUGGUGCGAUUUGGUUUUAACAUGCUAUGUGCGGUGAUCUGAAGUGGUUUUAUGUCAGCGUGUUUAAUGAAAAUAGUUUGGUGUGGAUUUAGUUUGGAUCCCAGACCAUUGGGAGCUUGACAUACGGUGGUAUGUAACAACGACUCAAGAUAGUUUAAUAAUAUACACAAGCAUUGAUCAGGAUUUAGGAGCAGAUACUGAGAGCAUCUCCAAGAGUUUGCCAUAUUUUACUUGGCAUAUCUUGUGUUUUGCCAACUU